UGCAUGUUUCGUCAAUUGCCACUUCCCAGCCUCCCCCAGCACCAAAUUGUGUGUCUAUGUUAAACACUGACAUUAAAGAUGUAUGAAAUGCGAUAUGGCUCUUCAGAUUGAGGUUUGCUUUGAAAGAAAAAGACUAACAUGUACUUAGGACAACAUAUAAAAGUCUGGCCCUACAUUUGAAAAAUUGUAUCUCAUGUCUGCUGUUCAGACUGUUGUAGAAAAAGGCAAAUAUUGUAAUAUGAGUAAAGAAGUCAGAUUUAGGACACUUUUGCCUGCAGUAUGAACCAAGGCUAUAUGUUUGGCCCGUUAUGUUCCUGCCCAUAUACAGUUUAGCCCAAAUUUAUUCUGACCCCUGGCAGAUAUAGAUUUGUUUUUACAUUUAGCCAAAACGUUUGAUGGAAAAUGACACUAAAGGAAAUAAUACAAAAAUAACUUAAUUGGCAUUACAGCAGUCAAACCGUUCUAAAAACUGCGGACCAGCUUUUUGCAUGUUUCCACCAGUAAAUUUGAUGAUUUGUCUUUGGUGAUGAACUCCAAGUCUUUGACUUUAUAAGGCCUCCUUGCCAUCACCCUAAUUUGUAUUUCCUUCCACAGAUUCUCUCUCAAAUUCAAGUCAGGACACUGGCAGGACCACUCAAAAGCUGUAAUACUGAUAAAAUAAUAUUGAUAAAAUUAAAAGAUCAGUUUAAAGUUAUAUUUGCCCAAGGUAUAAAUAAUUUGGGGCUUAAACAUAUAGUGAGGGUGAUAUUCUUCUCUCACCGGAUACAUAAAUACAUACAUAUUUUCAAUACUCUCAUUCAAAAUCACCCAAAAUUUAGAUAUAUGUUCAUUUUAUGUAAUCUUAUUGUAGUGGUAAGAGACAUUACGAAGGGGCAGGGGGACCCCCCUCUUCCAGUGCCAAUGCCAUCAUCAGAUCACUAAAUAAGUGGAUCCCUUCAGUUUUCAAAGAGUGUGAAAACUGCGCCUCAGAACUUUAAUUAUCCACCAGAUUUAUUUCUUAUUGAUAGUUUUUGUCAAAAAGGCGCAUUGUGUUUUUUUGUGGUUUACUGGAGAGGUCUCUAUUUUUCCUUCAGCCCUCAGGACCAAAACCACCCACGCAAUGCAAAUGUUUAGAAGAGCUCAGACACAAAGAGUUGUUUAUUGCUGUGCGCACUGGUGGCUUGCACCGCAGACUGUGCGCAGAUCCACCAGCCGCUUUCUGCGCUGCUGAGCAUCCCACCCCUCCUCCUCCUCCUCCUCCUUCUUAACGGCCUCAACCAUCUGCCGCCUCUUUUUGUAAUUUCUCUCAGACGUCUACUUGCACCUGACACAACCCAUCGCCAACAACAUCGCCUCACGGAGCAGCGGUGCAGAGAAGCGUAACAGAGGGAGCCCGCAGUCCGCGCAGCGCAGGAGGAGAACCGGGGUGCCGCUUACAUGCAACCCGACAGCUGAUGUUAAACUGCUGGAUCAUAAAGACGGAUUUAAUUUAAGCACCGGAUAACAAACAGCAACUCUGCAGCCUUCGGUUAGGGGGGAGGUAACUGUUUAGUAGAUCUUGGAAACCCUGGUGAGGUGAGGGAGGGAGGAGCGGAGAAUGAGCUAUUCUUGUACCAGCAGAGGCAGCAGCCAGGACCCAUCAAGCGCUAAUCCUGCCAGAACAACCGGAGGUACCGACGGCGGCAAGGACAGCACCGGCAACGGCAGCCCGAAGCAAACGGCGGCGAUGAGAGUGAAAAAAGGCUGCAACUCCACCGAGGUGGGGGUCCCGGUGACCACGGAGGAUGAGCUGCAGGGGAGGACGGUGAUCACUCCGGAGGAUGUUCUGGGCUUGCAGAAGAUCACAGAGAAUUACCUAUGCAGCCCGGAUGAUAAUGUUUAUAACAUUGACUUCACAAGGUUCAAGAUCAGAGACAUGGAGACGGGCACCGUGCUGUUUGAAAUCACCAAACCUCCAUCCACAGAUAGAGCAGGAGAGAAGAGGGAUAUCGACCCUAACGCCGGCCGUUUUGUUCGUUACCAGUUCACCCCUGCUUUCCUUCGACUGCGGCAGGUUGGAGCUACCGUAGAGUUUACAGUCGGAGACGUGCCGAUUGAAAACUUCCGGAUGAUCGAGAGACAUUAUUUCAGGGAGAAGCUGCUCAAGAGUUUUGACUUUGAGUUUGGCUUCUGUAUGCCCAGCAGCAAGAACACCUGUGAGCACAUCUAUGAAUUUCCACCUCUGUCAGAGGACAUCAUCAGAGAGAUGGUCCUGCACCCAUACGAGACGCAGUCAGACAGCUUCUACUUUGUGGACAAUAAGCUGGUGAUGCACAACAAGGCAGACUACUCGUACAACGGCGGGACAUAGAGACGGCGCCUCCGCCACAGGGGACAGGUGGAUUUAUUGACUAACCUGUGGGACGAUCAGAGGACAGUGUUGGCUUCCACUUCCGUCUUUCUUCUUCUCUGUAUGUCUUUCUCCUGUUGGGACAACUCCAUCCAGGAGCAGAUGGGUCUGUGAUGAUCUGACUGUGUGUCUGUGUGUAAGCACGCACAAAUGUGUCUGUAGAAGCUGCAUACACACAAACACACACCUGAACGUAGACAUGGGCAUCACUGUAACAAAGUGUGUUCAUAAUAUCAUAAACCAGCAGAAAAGCAACGCUUAAAUUUCAGAUGGUUUUUAGCCCCGUCAUGAAAUACAAAGAUGUUUUAAACUGCUGAUAGAAACUAUUUUUUUUAUUCAGGUAGAUAAUGUUAGUAAUUACAGAGCCUUGUAAAGUAUUUUUAACUCAUUGACUUUUUCAGAUUUUGUCACGUUACAACCAGAAACCUGAGAUAUUAUUGUUGCACACUCUUCUUUAGUACAAGUUGAGACAGAUUCAUUGGAACACAUCUGUGGACAGCAAUUUUCAGUGUUGGAUCAGAUUCUAUAUUUAUUUCCAGACUUUGUGUAUGGCCAAUCUGACACAUCUAAUCUAUUAGUAGUUCAUGCUGUGUAUGAAGGUUGUUGUUGUGCGGGACGGUGAACCUCCACCCCACCAGUCUCAAGUCCUCUGCAGCCUGUGCAGGUUUUCCUUCAGGAUUGUCCUGUUUUUAGCUCAAUCUUCCAAUAAAUUCUUACCAGCUUUCCCAGCUAAAGAAAAACAUUCCCAAAGCGUAAUGCUAUCACUGCCAUGUUUCAUCAUGGGGUGAAACCAGAUGGUGGCAGUAUCAUGCUGUGGUAAAGAAUUUAUAAAAAAAUCUUUCUUCCACUUCACAACCAUGCACUACUUUGUGUUGGUGUAUCGCCUAAAAUCCAAGUAAAAUCAAUAAAGUUUAUGGUUGUAAUGGGACAAAAUGUGAAGACAUUCAAGUAGUAUAAAUACCUUCUCAAGGUACUGCAGGAACAAAUCUUACAUUUCUAAAUGUGUGUUUUUAGGUCUUCAAUAACCGUUUUGGGGAAAUUGUUAUCAUUUGAUCCAAGUGAUUUUUAUCUGUGUAUAUGAGUGUGUCUCCUGCUGUUUUGUACUAUAAAGUGUGUCUUUCUCCCUGUGUAAAGGUUUGUUUAAAGCAUGAACACCUCUCUGGUAAAAUAAAAAUAAAUUUUAAAUGUCAGCAAUGUUCUAAUCUGCUUUGCAAAGGUCAAGUAGAUUUCGAGAAGCUGUUAAUAAUUUCCUUUACAGGAGGCAGUAAAUAGUUCAGAAUUUUAUCAGACUUACAGUAUGUCCCGUGUCAUUCCGUUCCUGGUUUGAUUGUUGACUACGUUGACCUCUAUUAACAGUGGACCAGAAGUGAGUGCUGAAUUUGCUCAAAGCACAUUUUUUAUAGUAAAACUCAUGAAGGUGAUCUGAUCUGAUCUAAUCUGACCAGAAACACACUUUUUCAUCUCUGCCUGGGUUGUACUUCUCCAGGCUUGUGUUACUUUACGGUGGUCAAGAACUUUAAAUUUGUCUUCUCCUCCCUGCAGGAAAGAUGGAAAACAAGGAUUUCAGGCAGAAUAUUUUAGGAAAAGAUACAUUUAGAAAAUGUAGCACAAAUCACAAUAAAAUGUUUUGUUUUGUUUUGUUUUGUUGAUGUUCUUCUUUGUUUCUGUGGUCCAUUUUUCUCUUACACCUGAUUUUUGCCUCAUACGUGUUUCUGUUGUUUGCAUUUGGACACAUUCCAGUGAUUUUGAGUGUGCUUAAUAAUCUUUUGUUUUUUGAAGGAGAUUAUUAACUGAUUAUCUGUCUUGAGAUGCCUCUAAACUGUAAUAUGCACCCUUGAAUCAGAAAUAUUCAAAUAAUUGUCUGAUUUUUUUGGGAUGAGGGUGUUCAAUUUCUGGUUUUAUAACUGGAUAUUCUGCUUAGUUUGUUUCAUUGACUAUUUUACAAUAAUUAAAAUUAUUUUUAAAUGCUGGUUGAGCCAGAUAUGUUAAGAGCAAGCAACCACUUGGAAGGAAACCAGCUGUGUCUUAAGAUCCAUUUUAUGUGAUUCAGAUUUGCAUGGUUUUGUCAUUUCUGGUUUAUAGUUGCACAAAUAAAGGCGGUAAAAGUUUCAAAAUGUGACGGGAGCGAACAUUGACAGGGCUUGAUUGGGGAUUAAACUGAUUGACUUGGAUGUUACGCUGGAAAAUGUUUCAGAAAUACAUAGAGGAGAUUUUUAAAUGACUUAUUGUGAAUCAUACAAAUUAUUUUGAACUCAAACUUUCCAAAUGUUUGUGGGACUUAAGAAAUGAAAAAUAAAUAUUUAUUGGAAUUUUUAAA